CCCACACUAGCAUCACAGACGGCUAACGGCAUCCAGCUACUAUAACAAUCAUUAUAUUAAUAUUUAGUAUAGUUAGAGGAUAUUUCUCAAACUUUAUUCAUCAGAUAUAUCCGUGUCUAUUGUAAGGUGUUAUGCAAUAUGUUUUCCGACAUGUUUGCGUGAAGAUAUCCCCGUUAACCGGUUAAUUGUAGCCGAUAGCUGAGUGCUAGCAGCUAACUCGGCUAACGCUGCUGUCGCCGGCUCGAGCGGACCUCUUUGUCUGACAGGGGAAGGCGUGCUCUUUUGUUAAGCUUUCCCUUUGUCCAUUUUUGGGUGAAGAGGGAAUAGUUUGCCCAGGAUUUCGCCAUUAAUAACCGUUUUCGGGCUAUUUAGAAGAUGCAAUUCGCGAAAAAAUACUUUACAGACGGCCUGAUUCAGUUGACCAUCUUGCUGAGUUUGAUUGGAGUUCGCGUGGACAUCGACAGCUACUUAAACGGAUAUUAUUCCCCGCUGAUAGAGAUUAACUUGGGUCCGAGCUCAGCCUACACCCAGACACCCUUCCACAGCUUACGGGACACUUUAGACGGGUACAGCGUCCAUCCGAAGUGUCCAGAGUUGGACUAUUUCUUUGCCAGUCGGCGCUUGCUGGAUGAGGUGCGAUCACUGGGCUCUCCGCGGUUCCCGUCGCCGCAGCUGAACGCAUGGCUGGUGCAUCAGGUCACCGCCCCGGACAAGGCCGAGUGCGGGCAGCCGUCACAGAAUAGCGGUACCGAAGACAGCACCAGCACCGAGCUCCAGGACGGGCAGCAGGAGGGGGUCAAUGGCCGAGAACACCUACCUGACUGUGGGCAGGAGGGGGACGGUGCAGUGGGAGCUGGGCCCUGUACCACUGGAGCCUGUGCGGUUCCUAAAGAGAUUCAUAAUGAUGAGCUGAAGAUCAAAGAGGAGGAUGAGCCUGUGUCUCUCACCCACUUGGCCCACAGCUCCACUCUGGAGCAGGAGUCUCUCCUCGGGGGUGUUGGAGCUCUGUCACAUCCCUCAGGCUUCCUUGGACCUUCUGCUGACACUGACCAGUCCUGGAGCCAGCUCCUGCACCUGUCUGUCAGCGACCUGGAGGACCUGGACUCUCUGGUCAACGCUCGUCUCCCUGAACUGGACACAGACCUGUCGAGUGCUCUCCAAGCGGACAUGUGCCUGGAGGACAUCACCCUGCAGGACACCAUCAUGUCCCCGCCCACAGCACCACAGCACACAGACCCCUCCUCCCCUGGUCUGGCUCCGGGCCUGGCCGCUCUGCCCUUUGCCUCUGUGUGUAACUUCACUGGGGGCUCAUCUCAGGGCCUAGGGGACGGCCUCGAUGAGGCAGUGUUUGAGCAGAUAAACCAGCUGGGGUUGGAAGGACUGGAGACCAUGGACCAGCAGCUGCUCAGCUGCUUGGACCCUCAGCUUUUGGAGGACUUUGACUCAGACUCAGGCCUGUCCCUGGAGAGCAGCUCCGGAGGGCCCCUCUCUCCAGGCUCGUCUGAGAUGUCCUCCUCGUCCUCCUCUCUGUGUGAGGAGGAGUGUGGAGCCACAGGCUACAGUAGUGAAGUGGACUCGAAGAGCCUCCUGGAGCACCGCCCCUGGUCUCCUAUAGACCUGAGUGAGAGCGUGUGGCAUGACCACAGCUACUCCUCCCCUCUCCCCAUCACCUACCCCCACAAAGGCAUUAAAGAGGAGCCUCUGAGCGAGGAGGAGGAGUAUGGUUUGGAGGAGCGCGAGCUAAGCCGGGAUGAGGUGCGCGCCCGGGCCAUGUGCCUGCCCUUCUCCGUGCUGCAGAUUGUCAACAUGCCCGUGGAGGAGUUUCUGGAGGUGCUGGACAGUCACGGCUUCUCCAGCGAGCAAGUCACUCUGCUCAGGGACAUCCGCAGACGGGGCAAGAACAAGUUGGCUGCUCAGAACUGCCGUAAGCGCAAACUGGACGCCAUCACAGGGCUGCAGGAGGAGGUGUCCCGUCUCCAGGCACAGAGGGAGCGGCUGCUACGGGACAAACGCCUCACAGCCAAAACCAUGUGUGCUGUGGGCCAGCAGAUCCAACAGCUCACCAGAGAUGUGUUGUCCAGGCUCAGAGACCCUCUGGGACAGCCCCUCACCCCAGACAGGUACUCCCUCCAGUGUGGGGCCAACGGCAAGGUGGUGUUGGUGCCCGCCCGCAGGCCCACUGUGUCAGGGGCCACAGGGAACAAGACAGACAAACGCAAGAAGGCCAAGAAGCAGUGACUGAGAUAAGCCUGUGAGCCUGAGCUUUCUCUGCUAUUGUAUGGAUGACCUCUGCAGGGAGCCCCCAAUAAACAGGACUAAGUCAAAUGUAGCCUAUAUACAUGACAUGGGUAUGGGCGUGUGUCCACUGAAGUGGGACAGCCAUACAGGACCACGGUUCAUAACAGGGUUUCACAGUAAACUUUAGCAAAGUUGUGAUCUGAAAAUGGUGUGUGUCGAUGCUGCUGUAUGAUCUAAACUCGGUCACAUUUCCUCUGUAAAGCUCCAUGUCCCUUCUCCAAACCUGCACCUCUCUAACUUCACACAAUCCUCAUGUACUGAUUUGAUUCAGUCUUUCAUACUUUUUUUUUUAGUUUUCUGUCUUGUCUGUAUUACAUUGUUCACUGUUUCAAAUUCAGACCACACAAAGUGUCUCCCAAAUGGUACCAACCUCCAAAUACUGAGCCAUACUGUACCAAGCAGUGGGGGUGUGUCUAGUCAAAACUACUCAAAUUCCCCAAUGCUCCCAUGUCUUUUACACACUGGACUUCUUGAACUGUGGCUAUCCAGAGAAGGACCACUGCUCAGAAACCUGCUCAUGGCGAAGCAGAGCACUCGACCAGGGGCAGGUAGAGCAGAUUCUUCCAAAGUAGAACAAAUAUUUAUUCUCAAAGUCCAUGGAUCAUUAUUCUAUGGCCAUGAGUAUUUGACCAGGUGUGUGUGGAACUUUAAAUACAGGUCAAAUAUGUCUACUUUCAGAUGAGGAAGGGUUUCUGUAGUGCUGGGGUUGAUUUUGUUUGUUUGUUGCCUUGGUGACUGACAUACAUUAUACCAAUGCCUUAACUCUCAUAUUUCAUGUUUGGUUUUAUGUGAGUGUAAUGUUUGGACAGGUAAUAUUACAGCAACAAUAUUAUGUUUAAAAUGACUUUAAAGGGCCCAUAUUACGCUAUAUUCUGAUCUAUGAUAUAAUGUUGUUUACUCAUCAAAAACGUCCCAGGAGUUGUCUCGUUUCAUUUACAUGUUUAACAGACAAACCCUGCAUACUUGGGCUAUAUCACAAGGUGGAACAGACUGUUAUGUGGUAAUACAAAAAGUACUCCACUGUGUUUUUUUUUAACUCCAUACAUCUUUGCUAGUAUCAUUUGGAUUGUUUCUCUACUGAAAAAAGAUAAAAGGUAGCUGUUAAGUUGAAAGCUACUACUAUAUGAUAUCACAAGGUGGAGUGGGGCAUUUGAGGUUGGGGGAAGAUGACGGCCUAUUAACGCAGGAUUACUUAAACGUGUGAAUGAAACAAAACACAGCACCAGGUAUGUUUUUGAGGAGCUAACAUAACUACUAAAAACUGACAAAAGUUAGUUUUGUGUAAUAGGACCUUUUAAAAUGACUAAGCAUCACUUUUGCUCUAGCCCCUUAGUACAAGUUCUACCUCAUGCUUGAGUUGGAAAAACAAUAAUUUGGAGUUAAAAAAAAAAAAAAAAAGCCUAAAAGGAAUGCAAUCGCCGCUAUUUAAAUUGGAUUGUUGGCCCUUUGCAAGUUAACAAUUUUAAUUUUGGAACACUUCAGUAAAUUAUAGAAGACAGUCCCUCAUUAAGAGUGGCCUUUUCUGGUCCUUGAAGUGUGUUUAAUUUAAUAUUGUUUGAUCGUACAUGAUUCCUUUGUUUAUAUUAUGGGUUUGAAAGUUUUUUCUAUGUUGCUUUGGAACUGUUUGACUGCAUGGUGAUUGUUGAAUGUUGCUAGUAUGGUUUGGCUUCUAGGGCAAUGAUGUUGUUUCUGAUGAAAAAUAAAAAUGCCUUUUUUCUGGUCUA